AUGGCUGUCCUCAAAGCUUUAUCAAAUGUGGGCAAUGGUUCAAGUGUCAGGAAUUUACGUUUUAUUAUAUUUGACUUAACAUCACAAACAAAUUUAUCACGCAAAGCGUCUGGUAAAAAAGAUUUAAAAUCGCAAUUUUUGCAAGGUGUCAAAACUUCGCAGUCUUGCGAUUUGAGUAGCAUAAUUAGGAUAUUUGGGAUACAGGCCUCUUCAUCAUUCAAUCCGUUUUGCGAAGACGAGGAUUCCGAGGCCUUAGCACCGCCGCCAACUACGUCGAAGUCAAAGAACUCAGAAGUCGAGACGCCUCCGACCACACCUACUGUUAAACGAAGAAAAACUAUUUUAGAAUCCGAGGAGGAAAGCAAACCCCUGCGCGCUGAGAAAUUAAGAAGUUUCCUAAGUCAGCGCGUCGCGUCGGGUUAUACAACUCAAUCCGAUCUCUCUAAACGAGGAAAUUAUUUUUUCGAGCUUCUUGUAUACAACGCUGACGAAGUAGAGAAGAUUCCUGCAACGCUGGAAACACGCAAUUUGCACGUUAAAACUUGCCAC